AUUGGGGGCUUUCGUUGGACGGUUUUCUUUCCCUGUUUGUUCUCAUCGGCGCAUCUGGACCUCGUCUCUUGUCUUGCAAAUUGUCCCCGACCGCUCACCUCCUCUUCCACACCAAGCAAUAAUGCAAUUCCACCUCAUCACCCUUCUGGCCUCCUUGAGCCUGGCCUACGCCGAGCUCCAUCGUUGUGGCACCGCAGACCCAGAUGACAAGACCCGCACAAAUCUUGACAAGGCCUAUGCGAAUUACAAAUCGGGACAGGUCACUCGAAGAGAUGGCGGCAUCGUGAUCGAUACAUAUGUCAACAUCGUCACAACGCAAGCCAAGUCAGAACUUUACACUCCCAAGCAAGUCGAAGAUCAGAUGAAUGCCAUGAACGAAGCCUACGCACCCAUGGGCGUCUCCUUCAACACCAUCAGCGUCAACUUCACCAUCAACGAGCAAUGGGCGGCGGCAGGCAUAAGCAGUCCCGAAGAAUUGGCCAUGAAAUCCGCUCUGCACCAGGGUUCUUACGCUGACCUCAACCUCUACUUCCUCAGCGACAUGCCCAGCGGCCUUCUCGGAUUCUGCUACUUUCCCGUUGCUGAUCCAACGGGUGCCGAUCGUAUCAAUGACGGAUGCAUGAACCUUGCAGACACGUUACCAGGCGGAAGUGCGGAGAAUUAUGAUAUGGGAAUGACGGCUGUGCAUGAGACGGGGCAUUGGUUCGGCCUCUACCACGUCUUCCAAGGCACAAGAACUUGCUCCCCCACCUCCCCCGGCGACUCCGUCUCCGACACCCCCCUCCAACGGUCCCCAACAACCGGCUGCCCGACCCAAUCCGACACGUGCCCCGAACAACCGGGUGUCGACAGCAUUCACAAUUACAUGGAUUAUUCGUACGAUGAGUGUGUGUAUGAAUUCAGUGAGGGGCAGAUGGAACGCGCGGUGGCGGUUUGGGAGCAGUAUCGGAGUGGGGAGUAA